AUGAUCUACAAACGUCUAUUCAUCAGUCCCUCUGUGGUGGCUAAGUCUGGUUCAAUGUUCAUGGCUUCUUCAUUUAACACUCUAACCACAUGUUCAGUCCCUCCAACGUGCAUUGCUCCUUCCCCGGUGUCACCUGCAACUCGGACUCACGGGUGGUGGCACUCGAUAUCUCGGGCUCGGUAUCUCUACGGUCCGAUCCCGGGCGACAUUGGGCUUCUAACCCACCUGGUUAACCUAACCAUUGUUUAUGCUGGGGUCACCGCACCACUCCCCGCUGAGAUGGCAAACCUUGAGAAACUUUCUACUAGACAGAGAAAGCGAUAG